AUGCCUCGCGCUUUGAGAGAGCGCGAUGCGGCCAAGUUGCGAAGCUUUCAUCCUCUUGUUGUGUUCAGAAGCUUGAUGCAUGGGGGCCACUGGCUGCGAGCUAUCCCGAGUAAGGUGCCGUGCAGCAGAGGUAGGGCGGUGGAGAUAUUGGCCGCUAGAGGCAACGUCAUAAGCCGGGAUAUGCAGCAGAAACGCGCUAUCCCACACUUGAUCGCGAUUUUGUGGCCAUUCAGCGUCGCGGUGUUGAAGAGCGGUCGCGGUAACCACACGCCCGUCUCUGCCGUGCAGAAUCUACCCACUAUUGGACGAGCCAGAGGUCGCAAUCGCAGGCAAUGCGUCGACCACUGGCACGCUCCCAGAUCGCGCCGCACCGUGAGGUAA